AUUCAGAUUUAUACCCAUCGAAAUCACCGAUUCCACAUUUGAAACCGGCCGUGGCCAGCACUAGUUAGGCUUUUGCUUCGACUUUAAGUGAAUGACUGCAAAUUGAUUGGCAAUUGGCAAUUGGCAAAGGUGCAGAAGUCUCCCAAUGAGAAAAAGUCGUGGAUGGCUGGCAAAAGAGUCUCUCAACUACGCUAAACACGCUUCAUCCCUCAUAAUAUAGCACUCAGAAAAUGUGAAAUUUCACAAAACGUGUAAGAUCAGAUCCAACAUCUGCCCCUUUUCUUUCUUUUAAUUCCUAAACCACGUUCCCACUUGUGCCCAACAGCACCCUAUGGAAGCACAAGCAUCACCACCGUUCUCUGAAAAACCCAAGCCCUCCCUCUCCAGGAAAUCUUCAUCCUGCUCCUCCUUCCGCCUACGUAGCCCUAGCCUCAAUUCCCUCCGUCUCCGCCGCAUCUUUGACCUCUUCGACAAGAAUGGCGAUGGAAUGAUCACAGUCCAGGACCUUAGCCAAGCGCUCAGCCUUCUUGGCCUCGAUGCUGACUUCUCCGAACUUGAAUCUACCAUCAGAUCUCACAUUAGGCCUGGCAAUGAUGGCCUUUUGUUUGAAGAUUUUGUAUCACUUCACCAAUCGCUGGAUGAAACCUUCUUUACCUACGACGAGGAGAAUACGGAGGAUGGACAGGAUGCAAUGACGCAGGAAGAAUCUGAUCUGUCGGAGGCUUUCAAGGUGUUUGAUGAAGACGGCGAUGGCUACAUUUCUGCACAUGAACUUCAAGUAGUGUUGAAUAAACUUGGAAUGCCCGAAGCUAAGGAGAUCGACAGAGUUCAACAGAUGAUCUGCUCUGUUGAUCGUAAUCACGAUGGCCGUGUCGAUUUCUUCGAAUUUAAGGACAUGAUGAGAAGCGUUAUCGUUCGCAGCUCUUAAUUAAUUAAACCUCUCUCUCUCGUUUUCUUUCUGGAUUUUCUUUUCUUGGUAGUGAGUAGUAGGCACGCAUGGAGAGAGAAUCCAUUGAUGUAGUGAUGGUAAGGCUUCAUGCAUGCAUGUAUAUGUUAAUCUAUGAUUGUGAAAGGAUCCACACAUCUUCAGUUUUUGCUAAAAACCAUCUUUGUGCGUAA